AUGUCUGCUGCUUGGAUCAAUGAGCCGAAGGCUCACCCCCUCGAGGUCAAGGCUGCCCCGACGUACACCCCGGGCCCCAACGAGAUUCUCGUGCGCAACCACGCCGUGGCGAUGAACCCUAUCGACAACACGACCCAACUCCGCGGGAUCUUCCCCCUCCAGUAUCCAGCCAUCCUGGGUCAAGAUGUCGCCGGCGAGGUUGUGGCCAUUGGCCCCAACGUGUCACGCUUUAAGGCCGGUGACCGCGUGGUGGGUCACUCCGUGGUCUACGCGACACAAGAGCAGCGAGACGGGGCUUUCCAGACCUACACCAUCGUGCGCACCAAUCUGGCCAGUCUCAUCCCCGAGGAAGUUUCGUUUGAGUCAGCCUCAGUGCUUCCUUUGGGUCUGUCAACGGCCUCGUGCGCCCUAUUCCAAGACGGUGAUCUCCACCUGCAACUCCCCACCUCUCCCGCACAAAAGCCCACAGGCAAGACGGUCCUGAUCUGGGGCGCUGCAUCCAGCGUGGGCUGCAACGCUGUACAGCUGGCUGUGGCCGCGGGAUACGAAGUGGUGGCCACCGCUUCGCCACACAACUUCGAUCUGGUGAAGAAACUCGGCGCAAGCCAGGUGCUGGACUACCACAGCGCCAACAUCGUCGAAGAGCUGGUCCUUGCUCUCCGGGACAGAGAACUUGCCGGCGCGUUUGAUUGCAUUGGGUUCUCUGCGACAAAGACCACAGCCGCCGUGGUGGCAGCGUCGCAAGGCGCCAAGCGCGUUGUCUCUACCAAGCCUGUGCCGGCUGAUCUGAACCCGCCGGAGGGAGUCACUGUCAAGCAAUGCCGUGGCGAUGCUCUGCGAGAUAAUCAUAUCGGAAAAGCAAUUUAUGAGGACUUCUUGCCUCAGGCGCUCAAGACUCGGUCGUUUGUGCCGGCUCCGGAGCCGCUGGUUGCGGGUAAGGGGUUGGAGAGUGUGCAGGGUGCACUAGAGGUGCUCCAGAAGGGGGUCUCUGCUAAGAAGGUGGUGGUUGUGCUUUAA